AUGCUUCCGACAGUGGCCAAUCAUCCCAGAUACGCGAUUGGCGAUUUGCGGUGUACCGUUGUAAAGUGCCCGCCCCACAUUGAAGUGGCACGGCAGAAAGUCGUGGUGGCUUUCUCAUUGUCAUGUGCUCGUCGCGGGGCAAUGGACAGGCCAACAGACCACCUCCCUUUCUUGGUAACCGCCGACUCUCCCAAGCCCAAAAAUGAUCCUCCAUACGCUACUCUCACAAUGGCCCCCAAGGAGGCUCUGCCAACUAUAGAGACCAGCGCACUCUCUUACACCUUUCCUGACUACUCGACCGGCAUCAGCGACAUAACCCUCUCUCUCCCGGUCCAAUCGCGGACCCUCCUCAUCGGGGCCAAUGGAGCCGGCAAGACCACCCUCCUCCGUCUCCUGGCCGGCAAGAGGUUGGCACCAGCAAACACCAUUGCCAUUGGCGGCGUCGACCCAUUCAAGGAAGGUCUAGAGGGUGUGACGUACCUGGGCCUGGAGUGGGUGCUCAACCCCAUCGUCCGCACCGACAUCUCCGUGACAGAGCUACUCCGGUCCGUCGGAGGCGACGCAUACCCGGAACGGCGCGACGAGCUCAUCGGCGUUCUCGACAUCGACACCCGCUGGCGCAUGCACGCCGUGAGCGACGGCGAGCGUCGCCGCGUGCAGCUCGCCAUGGGCCUGAUCCGGCCCUGGACCGUCCUCCUCCUCGACGAGAUCACCGUCGACCUCGACGUCCUCAGCCGCGCCAACUUCCUCUCCUGGCUCCGCGCCGAGACCGAAAAACGUGUCUGCACCAUCGUCUACGCUACCCAUAUCCUCGACAACCUCGCCGGCUGGCCUACGCACCUCGUACACAUGCACCUCGGCACCGUGCGCGAGUGGGGCCCCGCCGAGCAGUUCCUCGAGGGCCUCGAUGCCCGGAGCGGCAACAGUACGCUUGGGGAGCUCGUUCUGGGCUGGCUUAGGCAGGAUCUCAAAGAUCGGGGCCCUCGCACCAAGGUGGUCAUCGGGCCCGAGGGGAAGACAUAUGAUGCUGGUGGCUAUGGCGGCUAUGGGGACGAGUCGCAUCAUAUGAAGUGACCCGAAGAGUGAAACUCCAACUCAAAAUCUUGCCCGAGGCCGUGAGGCGGAAAAAGAAAAUAUGGGAAGGAUGCGCUUGACAUCAGGCCAUCAAGUGGCCUCCUGGUGCAGUGGGAAGGCGUCUUUUUUCGACACCCAGUAUUUCGCGUAUGCUGCAAAGAGAAUCAUGUGAUAGACCGGGGUUUCUGGAGUCGGCCUUGAGAGGAUUUUGGGUUUUCUUUGGACGGCAUCCGGCAUCUUUUAAAGGACUCGGAUUCAACACGAUAUGGAUUUCCCGGCAGGCCAAUGGGUAUUUAUAGGGGCGAUACCAUUUAUUUCAUGGUUGGUCGUAUGAGCAAGGGCAUCCUCAACUUGCUCUUCGCGGCGUUCGGUUGCACUUGUUCAACAACGGGCAUACCUGCUAGAUUUUUCAUUUUAAAAUUUUCAUGAUUUCGGCGCAACUGCGCUGAGGCAGCGACUUCAGAACCCCUACUGUUCCGU